AUGGCCAUUUCGAAAUCUACAACCUGCACUCAGUGUGGAAAGAGUUUCACAACCAAACAAAAUCUUAAACGUCACUUGAGGAUCCACACUGGAGAGAAGCCGUUCACAUGUGAUCAAUGUGGGAAGAGUUUCACAGUACCAUCACACCUUAAAGAACACAAGAGGAUCCACACCGGAGUGAGACCGUUCACAUGUCAUCAAUGUGGCAAAACAUUUCAUGGGGAAUCAGCUCUGAAGAAACACCUGAAAGUUCAUACGAAGGAGAAGCCUCAUUCAUGUUCUGUGUGUGGAAAGAAUUUUUCACUGCUGAAAAUUUUAAAUGCACAUCAGAAAAUACACACUGGUGUGAGAGAGUACAUGUGCUUUGAGUGUGAGAAGACUUUUACUAGACCUGACCAUUUAAAAGUGCACCAGAGAAUUCACACUGGAGAAAAACCUUACAAGUGUUCACACUGUGACAAGAGAUUCAAUACGUCAUCAAAUCUGAAAACACAUGAGAGGAUCCACACUGGAGAGAAGCCGCACACAUGUGAUCAGUGUGGAAAGAGUUUCUCUUGUAAAAGUAACCUGAAGAUACACAUGAAGAUCCACACUGGAGAAAAACCUUACAAGUGUUCACACUGUGACAAGAGAUUCAAUACGUCAUCAAAUCUGAAAACACAUGAGAGGAUCCACAGCAGAGAGAAGCCGCACACGUGUGAUCAGUGUGGAAAGAGUUUCACUACUAAAGAAUACCUGAAGAUGCACAUGAAGAUUCACACUGGAGAAAAACCUUACAAGUGUUCACACUGUGACAAGAGAUUCAGUGAUUCAGGACAUUUAAAAACACACGAGAGGAUCCACACUGGAGAAAAACCUUACAUGUGUUCACACUGUGACAAGACAUUCAGUCAGUCAUCACAUCUGAAAUCACAUGAGAGGAUCCACACUGGAGAGAAACCUUACAAGUGUUCAUACUGUGACAAGAGAUUUAGUGAUUCAGGACAUUUAAAAACACAUGAGAGGAUCCACACUGGAGAAAAACCUUACAAGUGUUCACACUGUGACAAUAGAUUCAGUCGGUCAUCAUAUCUGAAAACACAUGAGAGGAUCCACACCGGAGAGAAGCCACACACGUGUGAUCAGUGUGGAAAGAGUUUCACAAUUAAAAAUCACCUGAAGAUACACAUGAAGAUCCAUACAGUGCAGAAACCACAUCACCACAGUCUGAAAUCACGAUCUGAUGGACCUGAACAAGAAAAGAAAAACAGAAGACAAAAAUGUAAAAAAUAAUAAUAUUACAGUAGAAAAGACACGGCGGUGUGUGUUUAAGAGCAGGAAGUUCUUUACUAAAGAUGAUGAAAUGAAAGAGCGACAGAAAAUUCACACUGGAAAAAACCUUUGAAGGAGCUGAAGCUGAAGAAGAGGCCAUGAACCUGAAUGUAUAUUUUUAAACUCGUUCUUCAUCAUUUUUUAUUUGAACAUCUAGUUUCUCUUCCACUUCUGCUUUUCCAUGGAAAUACAAGAUAUUCUUUCACAUAAUUAAGAAACUGGACACUUUGCUUCUCUUCUUCUGUUGAGAUAGUCUGGCUCUCUUAUGAGUCAGUAAAAAGGGAGAUCUGUCUCAUUCAUUCUCACUUUUACUUAUUUUUAUUAUUAUAUUUUUUUUUUGUUUGCCUCAAAUAAUGAUAGAUUAAACUUGUUAUAGUCCAUUUUUAUUCUAUGCAUAUACUGCUUGUGUCAGGAAUCAUUUUAGUUCUGAAUGUCAUGAAGUUAUGAUUGUUUUUGGAGCUUUCCAUGUUUUCAUUUAUAUUUUUGUAUAAUCAUAUUUCACACACACAUGACUGUCAUUGAAUGAAAUUCUUGUCUUCCUACAUUAUUAACAGUUUCACCCUUGAUAUCUGUCGUGGAGACGGCUCUAACGAAAGUGGGAGGAAUGAAGAUGGAUCCGAAGGCCAAAGAGAUGUUUAAAUUACUAAGACAGCAGCAAAGAAUUAAUUUGAAGUUGAUUAUGCUUAUUAAACAAUCAUGUAUGUUGAAUACUUUUAUGUGUGACCUGGAACAGAUUACAAACGAAGUUGAAGCUUUGACUACAAAAGCUUCAGCGCCGGUUGAGUCUGAAUAUUGUGUGUAAAGGCCAAAAAGGUCAAAAAUGCAAACUAGCCAAGAUGUAUGUUUUUAUCUUUCAUAUCUAGAAGUGUUGAGGCAAGCUAACCACAAUGUACGUUUCAUUUGCUGAGCAAGAAGCCUUAAGAGGAACUAGUAAUAACCAAGCUAACCACAAUGUGUGUUUCAGUUGCUGAAACAAGAAGUAAAGACAAUACAAAUACAAGUAUUAAGGAGAACUGGUACUAACCAAGAUGUAUGUUUUUACCGCAAGCUAAAGAAUAUGUGUGUUUUUUAAUGCAAGCUAAACAAACUGUAUUCCUUAUUUGCCGAACUAGAAUCGUUAGUGGGUGCCAGUGUGAAGGUCAUAAAGUUCGAGUUAGUAAAAUGUGUUAAAAGUCGUUGAACGGGUGUAGCCCGUAGAUGACCUAUGUAUCUUAUACUUUGACAAACAAGGAGAUGUUUUAUGUCAGGAAAAAGGAUGUGAUCAGACUAUAUUGGAAGUUGUACAACAGAAGACUUUGCUCGCUUUUAUGUUUUAUUUUAUUUUAUUCUGUAUCUUGUUAUUAAACCAAAGCCAUUGUAUUUGGUGAUUCGUAAAGCUCUCUAAACAAGUCUCAGAGUGAAAUUACUUUUACAUAGAACUAUUAUCGAUACCUGUAAUUUAAUUACUUCCAUCAAGCCUCAAGAGCAUCGGAUCC